UUGGCCGCAGAAGACGCGUUUUCGCUGCGCCGUUGCCCAAUUCGCCGUGACUCGCGUGUGUCUGUGUUGUUGUUAUUAUUGUUGUUGUUUCUUAUUGCAUUUCCGAACAAUUGUAACAGACUGAGCUUUCAAGCGAAAAUAAUGCUAGUUCUAUGAUAGCACGUGCCCUUAACCCCAGACAGCCCCAGCGGGUGCGGCAUGGAGCGCAGCAGCAGCAGCAACAGCACCGAGCCACCAGCGGAUGUGGAGCCCAGCCCCACGCCCAGCUGCGAUGAGCCGCCACCUCUGGCCACACAAAUCACCUCAAUCGACGGAUUCUUCAACCGCAAGCGCGGCCGACCGCCCAAAAAUCGAUUUGUCGAAGUCUAUAAGAGCGCUCAACAGUCACCACAGGCCAUCUUCACUAGCUUCAAAUUGGAGAAAAAUGAGCCAUCCUCUGGCUAUGGCUUGGCGAGCUCCUCCGAUGCAGCCGAAGAGCGCCUCAGACUUGGAGUUGGCGCUGGGGAAUCGACUGCAACAGAUCUCACACCUAGUCGUAGCAGAAAGAGAGCCCGCGUUUGGUCUGUGGACCUGCACAGAAGUCUCACAAAUGUGAGCAGUGCGAGUCCUGGCGUGGAGAGGACGAAGAAUACUUCAACCAGGGAGUUGCCUGAGAGAGACAGAUCACCUAUUCCAAUGAUGUUUAGCACGCCUAGCACGCAGCCGGCUGCUGCCAGCAAGCCCGUGGAGCGAGUUUCCGUUGUUCGCGCCGCGGGCACCUUCUAUCCAGAGAACGCCAGCUCAACUCAGGCAGCAGAGCUAACGGAGUCCUCCGCCAGAUACUGUUCGCUGCCCAACAUAGAGUGCGUUGCGGAUCAGCCGGAAGAUCUGAGCAUGCGCGGCAGCCAAGCGGGCGCAACGGGUGGGCGUGGCGAGCCGGAGACGAAGCUAUUGCAGUUCAAGCAGCUGCUCGACCUGUAUCAGCGUCAGGUGCUGUUGCCCAGUUUCCUGGCUGCCGCCAGUCAACCUGCUGCACUGGACAUGCGCCUGCUGCUGGAGAAUGCGGCACAGCAGAAGAUGCUGCUGAUCAAUGCGGCUGCAGCGGGCGCUGUAGCAGCAGCAGCGGCCGCAGCAGCAGCAACAGCAGCGACGGGCACAGCAGAGGAGAGCGCAACAGCUCCCAGCGCAGCAGUGCCAACACCCGCUCGAGCCACUAGCAAGCGGGCACGGGAUCAGGACAUACCCACGGGCUACCUCAAGUUCCGCUUCAAUGAGGAUUGCGGCUUCGAGCGCUGCGGCUAUCGCAACCACCAGUCGCACUUCCACUGCAAUCGACGCGAUUGCCAUUACAGCUUCUGCGACAAGACGCGCUUCGUGCAGCACACGGCGCGGCACGAGCGCAUGGACAGUCUGAUGGGCGAGGACUUUCGCCAGUAUCGCGCGAACAUGCGCUGCGGCGUGCCCGACUGUUGCUAUGCCACACAGGCGGCAACAGCAAGUGCGGCAGACGACGGCUUGGCCUUGACGGCGCCCAAGAAGUCCUCCCACUUCCAUUGCCGUAAGUGCGACUAUGUGUGCACCGACUCCAACAAGGUGGUGGCCCAUCGUCGCCUGCACCUGCGACUCGAGUAUGUGCGCUCGGCUGGCUUCAGGAAGGUCGCUAGCAACGAGUCCUGCGAAUCAGCUGGCUGCACCUAUGCGCUGCGGCACACGCACUACCACUGCACCACCUGCGACUGCAGCGUGCUCUCACGCGCCCAGCUAGCCUCGCACAGGCACAGGACACUGGCUCAGCCCGCCAAGCAGCUGGCGGAGAGCGCUGCAGACCUGGCUGCAUAUCCUUAGGCUAAGUGUUCAGCAAAAGCAAUAGAAGCCAUACAAAUCCAAAUGCAAUAUGUAAAUUAGAUCAAAUUAAAUGAAGCUAAGUGACAAACUACAA